UUGUUCACUGCUUAAAACAGCUUCAUCUAAAGGAGAUACUUUUCUCCCUGUUGUGCAUCGGUUACUCCCUGCGCUCUUCAUUCAUUAUUUUCACUGAAAGAACUUCAACAAGUGUGUGGAGAUGGCCCUCGUGUUGUUCCUGCUGUUUUCAGGAUUAUCUCAUGUCACACUGGCUUCAAAUCGUCUAAGACAUUUCUAUUAUCCUAGAGCUCAUGUAACAUGGAAUGAUUCCUGUGAUGGGAGCAACUAUUCAUAUGUGACCCUGUAUGAUGAAGAGGACUUCGAGUUUCUGAAAAGAUUUUCUCCUGAAGAAUCAAAGUGGAUUGGUCUGUAUUAUACUACAAAAAAUAUCAGUUGGUCAAAUGAUACUCCUUUUAACUCCACCAUGUUUUCUGAGAAAGGAACACAGUCACAGAUAUGCGUAGCCAUUAACGGAACGACCUGGAAGCAUUUCAAUUGUGCGGAGAGGAAACCUUUCAUGUGCCACAUUGGUUCUAACUACACGCUGAUAAAGAGAACCGAGAAGAACUGGUGUCAGGCUCUGCAGUACUGCCGAACUCACAACGGUGAAUUAGUCAGCAUAGGAAACGACACAGAAGAGGAGAGAGUGGUUGAGAAGGGGGAAGGAAAAAGCUUUUGGAUUGGACUUCUGAACGAUGAUUGGGCGUGGGCGGACGGAAGCUGCUCUACGUUCAGAGAAUGGAAUAUAUCUGGUGUUCCAGACGGGCCGUUACUAUACACAAAAUAUGCACCCAGCGGUCAAUUGGUUAAAAAUGACCAAUUGCAGGGAGCAUUCUCCCUUUGCUCCAAAGGUACCUCGAGAAUCAAAGUCAUUCAUCACAAUUUAACGUGGGAACAGGCCUUUGACUACUGCAAGGAGAACCACACGGGCCUGCUGCAGAUUAUCGAUGAGAAUGAUCAGGAGGCUGUCGCGCAGUGGCUAAAUUACACCUCUGCCGGUGGCCCCUACUGGAUUGGCCUCAGGCAGAGUCGUGUUUUCGGGUUCUGGAUUUGGAGCGACAGAAUGGUGAACUUCAGCAACUGGAAGAACGACACACAACCUCAGCUGCCCAUGUCCAACCUUUGUGGUGCCAUCGGCUGGAACAACACGUGGACUGAUGAAAACUGUAUGGUUCCGCGACCCUUUAUUUGUGAGGAGGAGAUUGUCUUCAUGAAAAAAUCCAGAAGGCGGUGAAAAAAUACUAUUUCCUUUACUACUCUAAUUAGUCAUGGUUGUUAAAUAUAAUCAGGUAUUUCGAUUUUGCUUUGGUAAAAAUCAACACAGUACAGAAUAUCUGCAGAAGACGAUUAUGAGAGCAUGUUUGCAUUAACGUUUGUUU